AUGGGGCGUGCAUCAAAGGACAAGCGGGAUAUAUACUACCGCAAGGCAAAGGAAGAGGGAUACCGUGCGAGGAGUGCAUAUAAACUGCUACAAUUGCACGAAGAGUUUAAUAUUUUAAACCGAGAUGAAAUUCAGACAGGCGUUGUGGUUUUGUGUGCGGCGCCGGGAAGUUGGUCGCAGUUGCUGGCGAGGCAUUUACGCGAGGAAGUGGGUGGCAGAACUGAGAAGCAGUCAUUGGGCGCCCCACGUAUUGUGGCCGUGGAUCUGCAGGAGAUGAUGCCGAUUGAAGGUGUCCAGUUGCUGCAGGGAGACAUCACGAGCGAGGCUACCGCACGGGAGAUUAUUCGUUUACUUAACAUCAAAGAAGACACGGCGUCAGUGAACGAUGCGUAUGUGGACUCUGAAGAAGAUAAAUCUGCAAUACAAACAGACAAGGGAGGCCGAUCCACAGCGAGACGCCCAUCAUUAGCACCAGGUGGGAGAAACAGUUAUUCCGAUCAUACAAACAGUUGUGAGAAGAAGGCAGAUCUUGUUGUGUGCGAUGGUGCCCCCGACGUAACAGGGAUGCAUGAGUUGGAUGAGUACUUGCAACAUCAUUUGCUGCUGGCGGCGUUGAACAUAACGACGUUUGUUCUGCGUUGUGGGGGGACAUUUGUAACAAAAAUUUUUCGUGGCCCCAAUACGCCUUUUCUUGUGGCAAAAUCCGAGGUUUUUUUUCGGCAUGUCAUAAUUGCCAAGCCUAGAUCCUCUCGGAAUGCCUCCAUGGAGGCAUUUAUGGUGUGCCAGGAUUAUCAACCGCCCGCUGGGUAUCGGCCUUCCUUUGAUCGACCACUUACGACGACCACACGGUGUUUCACACCCGUCGCCCCACUACCCCCUGCUUUCAUGCACCUACAAAGUGAGGGCCGGCAGAUAACUCAGAAGGAGAAGAAGGGUGUGGAGGACCAGGCAUGUAUGAUGGAAAGCGUCAUUGUACCAUUUUUGGCCUGUGGGGAUCUUUCUGGCUAUGAUGCGGAUAUGUGCUACGACCGUGACUCUGACGUCCCUGUGCUGCCGCCUGUUCACCCGCCGCGGCAGGCUCCGUACAUGACGACUGCCUGCAAAAACGACGAGGACAGCGUGGUGGCCACUAACGGGGCUGAGGAUAUAAUGAAGCGUCGACGUGUGGAGUGA